GAAUUGCAUUUUAAUAUACAGUAUAUUAAUAAAUCUCAACAAAACAAUUAUCACAUGAAUCUGUUCCCAGAUUUCGUCAUCGCUAUCAUCAUCUAAGUUGAUAUUGUCAUCGAUUAGAUAGAUAUCAACCUAAAGAUUAACUUUUUUAGUCAUACGUUAGUGUCAUAAGUGGUGAACAUUUAGGAUGAGUGGCGUUUUCAGGAAGAGUGAACACCGAUUGCCAUCGAUGGUCACACCAAUCAAUUAUGAUAUCAAACUUAGACCUAAUCUCCAAAGUUUUCAGUUUAGCGGAAACGAAACCAUUAAAGUCAGGGUUAAUGAAGAGACCAAACAGAUAGUGUUGAAUGCAAAUGAGUUGACUAUUAGUUCCGCUACUUUUACUACCGAAAGUGGCCAACAACUGGCGCCGCAAACAAUUGAAAUGUCAGCCGACAUGGAAACGAGUUGUUUAAAUUUUGGUCAGCUGUUGCCGAUUGGAAGUGGACUCUUAACUAUUGACUUUAGCGGUACACUCAAUGAUAAGAUGAAGGGGUUUUACCGAAGCAAAUACAGUACGCCUGAGGGCGAGGACAGGUAUGCGGCGACGACACAGUUUGAGGCUACCGGCGCCCGACAAGCGUUUCCCUGUUGGGAUGAACCGGCAUUUAAGGCCACGUUUGACAUCACACUUGAGGUGCCCAAGAAUCGUGUGGCUCUUUCAAACAUGAAUGUCAUAUCGGAAGUUGAUUGCAAAGAUGAUAAAAGUCUUAAAGUGGUUAAGUUUGACACUUCGCCUGUUAUGUCCACUUAUUUAGUUGCGUUCAUUGUCGGUGAGUAUGAUUACAUUGAAGACAAAUGUACGGACGGUUUAGUGACUGUUCGCGUGUAUACACCGAUUGGAAAGAAGGAUCAGGGAUUGUUUGCUCUGAAAGUGGCCACCAAAACACUUCCCUAUUAUAAACAAUACUUCAAUAGCGCCUAUCAGUUGCCUAAAAUGGAUUUAAUAACCGUCGCCGACUAUUCGGGUAUAGCUAUGGAAAACUGGGGUCUAGUCAUCUACAGAGAAACCUGUCUUCUAGUGGAUCCAAUGAAUACAUCGUUAAGUAGGAAACAAUAUAUUGCAUUACUUGUCGCGCACGAGUUGUCCCAUCAAUGGUUCGGUAAUUUAGUCACAAUGGACUGGUGGACACAUCUGUGGCUUAAAGAAGGAGUGGCCAACUUUAUUGAGUACCUAUGUGUCGAUCAUUUGUUUCCCGAUUAUCAAAUUUGGACACAAUUUGUAUCACACAAUUACAUACCGGCACUUGAAUCGGAUGCUCUGCACAACUCUCAUCCAAUUGAAGUACCAGUUGGUCAUCCGUCAGAAAUCGAUGAAAUCUUUGACAACAUAUCCUAUUAUAAGGGGGCGUCUAUUGUUCACAUGCUUUACAAGUUUAUCGGCGAUGAACUGUUCCGCAAAGGAAUGCGUCUCUAUUUGGAUCGACAUCAGUAUAAAAAUACAAUAACUGAAGAUCUGUGGACAGCAUUACAAGAGGCAAGUGAUAGACCAGUCAGAGAUGUGAUGAACACUUGGACUAAACAGAAAGGAUUUCCAGUCAUAACAGUUAGUUCAAGACGUAAUGGAAAUUCAUUGAUCUUGACUUUAACUCAAGAAAAGUUUUGUGCCGACGGAAAGCUACCACCGUCUGAAUCGUCUGUGUUGUGGAUGAUUCCUAUAUCUAUAAUAAAGGGAUCAGAACCGGACAAAGUGGCCGUCGAAGCUCUUAUGGAUGGCAAACAACUUGAAAUUUCAAUACCAAAUGUAGCCGAUAAUGAAUGGAUUAAAUUGAAUCCGGAAUGUAUUGGCUUCUAUCGAGUCAAUUAUUCACCAGAAUUAUUGAAUUUAUUUUUACCAUCAAUUUAUGACAAAACCUUACAGCCAUUGAAUCGAUUGGAUCUUCAAAAUGAUUUGUUUGCUUUGGUUGAGUCAGGACAGGCGUCGACUGUAGAUAUUUUAAAAUGGAUGAAUGCUUUCGCCAAUAAUGAAGACAAUUAUACCGUUUGGAAUUCAAUCAAUGGAUUUCUUGAAAAACUUCAUCAACUGUUGGCUGACACAGAUGUUCAGCCAAAAUAUUAUGAAUUUGGUAGACAAUUGUUGUCAAAAAUAUUUGAUCGUCUCGGUUGGCAACCGAUUAAUGGUGAAACACAUUCGGACACUUUGCUCAGGAGUCUGAUAAUCAACCGAUUGGCCGCAUUUGAAGAUCCGACAGUAUUGGCUGAGUCGAAAAAAUUGUUUGAUUUGCACUUAAAGGGAACAGAUAUUAUUGAACCCGAUCUGAGAGAUGCAAUCUAUCGGGCGGUUGCCGUCGACUGUGACGACCAGUCGUUUGAGGCACUGUUCAAACUUUAUCGCGACUCUGAUCUACACGAAGAAAAAAAUCGUUUGUCAAUAGCAUUGGGUAGUGUUCGUGAUGUCCACCGUAUCGACAAAGUACUUGAUUUUUCGCUAUCCUCUGAAGUCAGAUCUCAAGACUCGGCUUUUGUAAUUAUAUCGGUGGCACUCAGUAGCUAUGGUCGCGACAGAGCCUGGAAGUUCUUCAAGUAUCACAAGACUGACAUCAGAUGUCGGUAUGACAGCGGCUUUAUUUUGAAACGUCUCGUAAAGUAUGUGUCGGAAAACUUUACCACAGAAGACAAACUCGAAGAAGUAAAGACAUUCUUCAAUGAAAACCUGUUUCCCGGAACUGAGCGAACAGUUCAACAGUCAAUAGAGAACAUACGGUUGAAUAUUGAAUGGUUAGCUCGCGAUCUAUCACUUGUCAUACAGUUUUUGGCCAAAUGAUCCU